AUGGGCGACAAGCCAGCUGGAAUCACGCUUCCCAACUCGGAGCAAUUCUACCUGGACAAUGGACAGGGUGAAUCACACUUGAUCCAAGUCUCUUGGCCGCUGCAUUGGCAAGGUCAUGACCCCCCUACUGGGAACGAGCAACUUCCGAUCAUAUACAUCGUCGAUGGAAACGCACUAUUCCUCAGCGCGACAGAAGCUGCCUGGCGUCGCGCAGCUUCGUCACACUUCGCCGGCGGCGGCAUCGUCGUCGCGAUCGGGUACCCAUUAAACGGAAAGCUAUACGAUGCGCGUCGCCGCAGUUUAGACCUAACGCCACCCACACAAGCGCAGAUACCCGGAUACGGAGGAGCGGAUCUAUGUCUUGACUUCAUCGAUAACGCCGUUCGUCCCGCGAUCAAGGAGCGAUUCCCAAAAUUGUCCUUUUCAAGAGAGGCUCUCUUUGGUCAUUCAUACGGAGGGUUAUUUGCCCUGCACGCACUAUUCACACGUCCGCAGUCCUUUGACUGCUACAUCGCGAGCAGUCCCUCGAUUUGGUGGAAUAGCCGGUGUAUAUUGCAUGAAGCCAAGGCAUUUUUAGAGAAGGAGACGACGGCAGAUGAGCAGGCCCCGUCACUGAUGGUGUUCUUUGGGUCUCAUGAACAAAGCCCACCUCAGUGGAACAACGAGCCUCUCGAUCACUAUGAAGCGCGGAAGCAGAUUGCUUCGGAUUUGAGAAUGGGCGAUAAUGCACUUGAUCUUGUUAAGAUGCUGAAGGGUACCAAGCGGUUACAUACUGUCGUUGUGAAUGAGUAUGAGGGUGAGGAGCAUGGCAGUAUCAUGGCGUGUUCGAUGAGUCGGGGGUUAACUACAUUCUUUGAAGAUUGGCCGUUGCCAAACUAA